CUUCCUCCUCCCCUCCCCCGCCGCCCGCUCGGUGCCGGUGCCGGUGCCGGUGGCCGGGCAGCGCCGAGCCCCGCGGAGCGGCAUGGCCGGGGGCCGGGGGUGCUGCGGCCGCCCGGCCCUGCCCGCAGCGCUGCCCGCAGCCCUGGGGCUCUGCCUGCCCCUCUGCCUGCUGCUGCCGCUGCCCGCCGCCGCCUGGAGCCCGGCCCUGCUGCCGCCCGCCGCCCGCAGCAACUGGUGCUCCUACACGGUGACACGGACGGUGUCGUGCCACAUCCAGAACGGGACCUUCCUCCAGAGGGUCUUCCAGGGCUGCCGCUGGCCCCUGGCCUGCAGCGGGGGCAGCUACCGCGCCGUGGUGCGGCCCCUCUACAGGGUGACCUACAGGACAGUGACGGCGCUGGAAUGGCGCUGCUGCCCCGGACACGCUGGGGCCAACUGCCAGGAAGGAGGCGAUGCCCCACAGGGGGGUCCCCCGGUGCUGACCCCCCUUUCCUCGGCAGAGGCUCACACCCUCCUCACCCUGCGGGACACCGGGCGUCCCAGCGCAGCCCCGCGCCGGCCCCCCCUGCACCCCACGGCCUUCUCAGGGUGCCUGAACUGCAGCCGUGUCGGGGAGCUGACAGCCCGGCUCGCCACCCUCGAGGCGCAGGUGGCCCGGCUGGCGGUGGCCGAGCCCCCGUCCCCAGCAGCACCCAAAGGCAGCGCCCCGGGCAGGGCGCCCGAGGCCGGGCAGCUCUGGGGGUCCCCGGCGGCCCGCGGGAGCCCCGGGGAUGACGGGAGACCCGGCUGGAGGGGACCCCCCGGCCCCAAGGGUGACGCGGGAGGACGGGGACCCUCGGGAAUUCCUGGAGUGAAGGGUCCGGUGGGGCCGCCAGGUCCCCCCGGCCCCCCAGGACCACCCGGCCGCGAUGGAGCCACGGGGCUCCCUGGGGAGAAGGGGCUACCCGGGCCCCCCGGCCCCCCGGGCCCCCCUGCCCCUGUGGGGCCAGCGAUUCCUCGACUGGCCGAGCCCAGGGACCCCGUCCUCUCCAACACCUUCACCGAAGCCACCAGGAGCAUCGUGGGUCCCAUGGGACCCCCUGGACCCGUGGGGCCGAUGGGUCCUCCCGGGCCCCCAGGCCCCAUUGGUCCCCCAGGGCCCCCAGGACCCGAUGGCAGAGCAGGAGCACCCGGGGCUGCCGGGCCCCCCGGGGACAAGGGGGACAGGGGUCCCCAGGGCCCCCCGGGCGGCCGCGGGCAGGACGGGGUGCAGGGCGAGCCGGGCCCCCGGGGCGAGCCGGGCGACAGGGGCACUUGGGCCAGUAGCUUCCAAACCCUCCUGCGGCAGCAGGCCCGGCUGGAGGUCCUGGCUAGAAGGGUCACCUUGCUGGAAGCCAUCAUCUGGCCAGAGCCAGAGCCCGGCUCGGGCAGCGACGCCCCCGGCACGGCGGCCCCCGCGGUGCCCCGCGGCAGGCGGGCCCCGUCCCCGUACCGCAUCGUCAGCGCGCCCCGCCGGGGCCCCCCCGGGCCGUGACAGCGGCGGGGCUCACCCCGGUCCCCCCGCCGUGCCGCCCUGGAGAGCGGGACGGGCUCACCCCGGUCCCCCCGCCGUGCCGCCCUGGGGAGCGGGACGGGCUCUCCCCGGUCCCCCCGCCGUGCCGCCCUGGAGAGCGGGACGGGCUCACC